AGGGCAAAACAAAACACGGCCCCGCGUCGGCAAAACAGUGUGCAGACUGUCCGUUGUGUCCACUGGUUCGCGUCCCGCGCGUUCCGCACCGCUUCGUUCUGUUGUAAUCGUUAAAUAUUUGUAUUUAAUUUUUGUGUUGUGAUAGUGACUGUUGCCGAAUCGUCUGUUGGUUCGAAACUUUUCGUUUGUCAACACCUGAAUGCUCAACAGACUGCGUGUGUGUUUGAAAGUCAUACAAGUUUAUCAACACACAUCACCUGCGUCUAGAGCCGUAGUACUGUUCAAUUACUUUAAAUGUUGGUUCCCAGAAAAAGCAAUGGCCCUGUAUUCAAAUUUCUUCUAAGCGGGUGCUGCAGUACCUAAGGAUGAUGCGCUGUGCCACCGCCGCCGCCUGAGGACGAGGACGCCAUGUGGGUCACCAUGUGGGCAGUGCUGUCCCUCGCCGUGCUGGCCGUGGCCGCGGCCCACGCAGCGCCGACGUCCGCCAUCGUGGGCGGGCUGGAGACGUCCCUGCUGGACGGCCGGACGCAGGGCCAGGGCCAGGGCCAGGGCCAGGACCAGGCGCAGCCCCAGGGCCCCGUGCUGGGCCGGCCGACGACGGCGCGCCUGGAGCGCGUGUACAGCAGCAGCGUCAAGGCGGGCGGCAAGGUGAAGGCCGGCGUGGCGCGGCCCGCCACCGAGUCGUACGCGCGCACCGGCAACCGCGUGCACCUCACGCCCGCCGGCACGCCCUCCGAGAACCCCGCGCCCUGCGCCAUCGGCGGCAGGCACUUCCUGCACGGACAACAGGUGACGCGGUCCGACCCGUGCGAGUUCUGCGUGUGCCUGGACGGCGAGGUGUUCUGCUGGUGGCAGGACUGUCCGCCCUCCACGGCGCAGGGCCCGUGCCGCGGCCGGCCCGCCUUCAGCAGCUGCCAGGACGACGCCACCGCCACCGCCGCCUCGGCCACCGCCACCUCGGCCACCGAGCAGGCCUCCGCGGAGAGCGACGAUGCCUCCCAGAAUGAAACCUCGACUGUCUCCGCCACGCCGCCUGCCGCCACGGACACCACCUCGCCGUCGAGGGGCCAGCAGGGCCAGCAGCUGCAGACGACUGGCGCACUGCAGGACCCCACGACGAACCCGCAGCCCGCCGUCCCCGGACUAGGCGAUCAACCUGCCAGCUCCGGUACGGAAGCGGCCUCCGCGGCGACCGGGCCCGACAACAACGGCAGCGUGCACGACGGCCACGCCGCGUCCACCGCCGCCAGCGCCGCCAGCGCCGCCAACACUACGACCACCAGCGUGCCGACCACCACCGAGCUCAUGUGCCACGUCCUGGGAUCGAGCUACCGGGUGGGCGAGGUGCUCCCCCGCGACACGGGGUCCUGCCUGCAGUGCGAGUGCAGCCCCGUGGGCCGCGUCACGUGCUCGCCGAAGGACUGCCUGUCGGUGCGCGAGGAGGAGGACGUGUACCAGCCCGCCAGCAGCCUGGACAUGUUCGACGUGGACAGCUUCUAGACGGGCAGCCGCCACCACCUCCACCCUGCGCGACAGCGACACAGCGACCACCUCUGUGACACGCGGCGCGUCGCCCCGUCAACAAUGUGUGGCUGUGUGCGUGUUGUGAGAGAAUGUGCGUGAGAGUUUGCGUGCGUGUGCGAGAGAAAGGGAGAGAGAGAAAGGGCGAGCGAGAGAGAAAUAGUAAAAAUGACCCAGGCGGUGGAACUAGAUAGUAGGGUCGAUCGUCGCCUUGAAACCCCCCACGGUGCUCCUGCACCAUUUAAGUGCCUCACCAAUCAGAGAUGUAGAGAGGGUGCGAGAAAGUGCGUUAGUGUUGUGUGUCUGUGUGGGCGAGAGAGAGAGAGAGAGAGAGAGAGAGAGAGAGAGGGUGAGAAAGAGGUGCGAAAAUGAAAAGGGAAGAGAGAUAUGGGGGAGAGGCUCUCAUCAAAUCCAAAUCUCAUAUCCUACAAAUUUGUAUUGCCCCUGUGAUUAAAUUCCUGUAGCUCCUUGCUUAGUGGGCCACCUCCAAAACGCUUAGAAAAAGCUGUCUAUCAAGUCACUUUGUUACAACGUAUCUAUCAAAAACUCUAUGUACCAUUUUCAAAAAUAUCUGUAAAAAGGAAAACUAUUGUAAUGAUCCCUCUAGCUUUCGUAAUUUGUGUAAGCCAAUGCAACUUUGUUGUUUAUUGUUGAGACAAAAAGACAAAAAGGGUAUUAAUUGAUCUAUUUGCAAUCAUGUAGCACAGGGACAUCAAUUAGGAAUUUACUAAAGUUAUCACAUACUCAAUUUUUUUUUUUUUAAAGGAAAAUUAUUGUGAAAACUGGAAAUAGGGGAAAUAACAUCAAACAAAAUGAAAAUUUGCUGGCCUAAUGUAUGAUGAAGAAAGUUUUUCACAAUUCUGAAAUUUAGAUGUCAGUGAUAAAAUUGUUACAGUUAUUAUUCUUACUGCUUUCUUACAUCAUCAUUGCAUAGAAUUUUGUUUUGUUAUUUUUUUUCUUAGACUGCUUCAGUUUUUUUUAUGCAAUGUGUGUGUGUUUAUCCAAAGAGUGAGUGAGAUAUAGAGUGAUACGCUUGAGGAUUAAAAAGAGGUUGAGAUAACUUUAAGCUAAUACCUAAUCAUCAUUUUUAAGCCCACAUAUCUUUUGUUUUUCUCAGUCUGACAUUAUCUUAAAAUUAUUUGAUUGAUGUGCAGAGCAGAAGUACCCAUCAUUAUCAUCACUUUGUCAGAACCAAGUUACAUAUCGCAUGGCAGAGGUAUAAAAUGUGCCCAUAAAGAAAUUUCCUGUCUACAAUGAAAGGAAAUCAAGACAGUUUCAAGUGCUCUAGACAAUAAAUAAAAAUGAUGCAAGCCAUGGUAACAGAAAAUUUCAUGUUUAGAUUCAAAGGAGUGGCACAUCAUGUGACUUCAUUAUUCGUAGUCUCAUUCAUUACUUGUGUUGGUUUUAUUGAAAUGGGUGUUUAGGCAUACUGCAGCGUUAUUGUUAACUUUUUCUUCUCUCGCAUAGGGCCUAUACUGUGUAUGUGCGGUGUGGUAUACGUGAAACAUGAUUCUGCUGGCAGACUAGGAAAAUAUUUUAUGGGCACAACUAAAUUUACCUCCACCUUAAAGCUUAUUGUGGCAUUGAUUCUAUGCAGAUACUGGAUAAUCCUUAAUGUAGUUCUCUCAAGAAGUUUUCUGAAACUAUGUGAUAUGUGUGAAACAAAUCUACUCCCAUAUUGAACUGGAUAAAUAGAGAUCCAGCUCCAUCCUUUUCCCCUUUAUCUGGCAUGGAUUACUUUGGUAAAACAGCUUUAGUUUAUCAGCUGCCUUUCUUAGGUACUUUUGCAUUUGUUUACAAUGUCUUCCACAGAAGAACCCAAAGCAUUAUACCAUAUUAUUAAAAAUCUUCAUUCACUGUUUUUUUCCUCUCAGCUGCUACGUUUGAUUAAUGAAAAUCUUAUCAGAAGUAUUAUAGUAGUAUGAAAAAUGUUACAUGUAUAGGUUUACCAUUGUAUAAGUUCUGAAAAAUAAAUUGGGAUUCGAACAUAUCA